AUGGCAGCAUUAAAAUUAAUUUUUAUUCUGAUCGUUGGAGAUUUCGUCAAACAUGUGAUGUUGUACAAUCCAAUGUUGACGUAUACUAUACGGUUUAAAAAAGUUUCUAUGCAUCCCAACAUCCUUGGGAAUUUCACUAUCCAACAAUAUCGAGAAUCACAAUUUGUAAAUGGAAAUUUUACAAUACCUCCGAGUUCAUUCCCUGAUAAAAUUCAUUACCAUAUUACAAAUGGAACGUUUGAAAUUGGCAUAGCAACAUUGUUGUAUCCUCAAGCAACUGAUUACCAAUGGAGAGUCACUCAAAAGUUCUACGCUGAUGAAAAAUAUGUUAUCGUAGUUAUCUAUCGUUGUGAUUCUGAGGGCAUUAACUGUGAAUACUUUCAAACGUGGACAAUAACAGAUAUCUGCCCUAAAUUAAAGGAUAAGAAUCAAAUAUGGUCCCGUUGGUACAGUUCGUAUAAUCCUCCUAUGGUUUGUCCCAUAGAUAAAGUAAAUUAUCGAGUGGUAAAUGGAACAUUUGAUAUUGACCAACUCAUUCUUUGGUAUUCUGAUAUGACUAACUAUCAAUGGAAAGUGACACAAAAAAAUUAUGCUGGUAAUAUAUAUAUCGGUAGUUAUGUCUUUCAGAUAUCAAUAUUCAGUUAUAGAAAAAAACUCAAACCUUUACUUAAAUUAUAG